UGCGUACAGCUCAUUCAUGGAUUAGACAGAAACAAUGGUGACAUGACGUGCUUUGGCUCCAUUAACCCGAAUACUACAAAAAUAUGUAUCUGCAGAUAUUCUUUUCUGUAAUAACUAACCUUGAGCUUUUAUUCAUAUGACGUUUACCAGUUAGACAUGACAGCAAUGUCACUAGAGUGACGCAAGUGAAUCAUUUCCAUUUUGUAGAAAAUACCCAAAUAUAUUGUACAAAACAAAAUAAUUACUGUAACCCAUAACCAAUUUUGGCAAAAUAUUCCUUGAUUAACAAAGGCGCAUAUUUUUAAGGAUUUCUAAAAGGGUGCAUUUUCUUAUUCUUAUAUUCCCGUGAAUACUAAAUAUUAUUAAUUUACACAUCAAGUUUAAGGAGGCAAAUAUUAUUAAGUACACGAGUCACUGUUUUGUGUAUGGUUUGAUGUUAAGGCUAUGGCUAAACCUCACCAACUCGUGCCAUUCUACGCUACUCUUCUCGACGCUUGCUCUUCCUCGAAGAACUUGAAGAAUCUAAAGCGAAUCCACGCGCGCACCAUCGUCUUAGGCGUUUCACGCUAUGACUUCAUUGGAAGCAAGCUUGUAUCUUCCUACGCCUCCUGUGCCCAAUUACACGAAGCUAAUACCAUCUUCUCAUUCACCGUUCGAAAAUCGACUUUUCUAUUCAACUCUCUGAUCAGAGCCUAUUCCUCUCUCAACUUGUUCUCCCAAUCCCUCUCUCUCUUUCGCCAGAUGCUUCUUGCGUACAAACCCUUUGAUCGUUACACUUUACCUGUGGUGCUGAAAUCUUGCGCUGGGUUAUUGGCUCUGCGGUUUGGGCAACAAGUCCAUGGAGCUGUUUUUGUCAAUGGGUUUGGCUUAGAUUUGGCAAAUUCGAAUGCUUUGAUAAAUAUGUAUGUGAAAUGUGGAUAUUUAGUUAGUGCACGCAAGGUGUUUGAUAGAAUGUGGAAAAGGAAUGUGAUUACGUGGUCAACGAUGAUGGCGGGUUACGGAAUGCAUGGGGCGUUUGGGGAGGUAUUUGAAUGUUUUGAUAGAAUGGUGGAGGCUGGAGAAAGGCCAGAUGAAAUUACUUUUACAACGGUUUUGAGUGCAUGUAGUCAUGGGGGUUUUGUAGAUAAAGGGAGGGAGUAUUUUGAGAUGAUGGAGGGGAGGUUUGGGGUGAAACCUGGGCGGCAACAUUACACGUGUAUGGUGGAUAUUUUGGGGAGGGUUGGCCAGGUGGAGGAAGCUGAGAAGUUAAUUUUGAGAAUGGAGGUUAGGCCAGAUGAAGCUUUGUGGGGUGCUUUGUUAGGGGCAUGUAAAACUCAUGGGAAGGUCGAGGUGGCUGAGAGGGUUGCAGAGAGAGUGUUUGGGAGGGAACUGAGUGUUGCAUCUUCAAUUUGAAUUUAUCCUAUAGGGUAUUUUUUUGUUCAUGGGACGAGCAAAGCAUGCGCUGAAGGAUAAGCAUGUUCAUGUAUGUCUUCCAUGAUCAUACUUGUUUUCAUCCUUUUAUAUCUUUAUUCUUUUGGGGAUAAAAUCUGGGACGCCAUAACCAAUAUAUCAUAUCUUUUCCAAAUUUAUUUGCCACAACAUGAGAAACAAUUUAGUUGCAUAAACAACCGUUUAAGGAUACUAGAAUAUUUUGCUCGAAGUAUCAUUACAUUAAAACUCAACGUUACACUUUUUUUUUUUCAGAUUAAAGGACUUUCACAUGUUAGAGUAUACUCUACAGUUUUUAAGAUUUAUUUACCGAACAAAUAAAUUCAAAUUAAAGGAUCCUGACGACGAUACCAACAACAAUUAAAUUCAAAACCUUUUGAAUAGAAAGUUUGGCAUUUCGGAUCUAUUCUCAAUUCCUAUGUCAUAAAGGCACGUGGUCAAAGUCUAGCUUACAACGUUUACAUGGAACAUCAACACUGCAUGAAUUCUGUUCUCAACAAAUAAACCAGAGAUGCACGAAAAGUUGGAUAUCCUUGUGUUCUUGAGGAUCAUACAGGAAAAUUGACUAAUUAAACCCUUAUUAUUAGAACAAAUUAAGGAUAAUGAUAGGGUUAAAUUUUAUAAAAGUGUCAAAUAAAUAUUGAACCAAGCAGACACGGUUCUGAGGGUAGGCUGAGAGUGCGAUCGCCAAGGGCCCAGACCUAAA